AUGUCCAAUGCCAGUUCCGCCUCCUGCGCCACCGCUCUGCUCUCCGGGUGGAUUUCGAGAUUCGGCAGCCUUGCCCACAUAACGUCCGACCGAGGCACCUCUUUGACUUCGCAGCUCUGGAUGUCCCUGGGGCAGCUAUUGGGUACCACCAUCCAUCACACCACGGCCUACAACCCGGAAGCUAACAGCAUGGUGGAGCUUUUCCACAGAACCCUGAAAGCUGCCCUUAUGUCUCGAUGUAGCAACAUAAUGUGGUUUUCACAACUUCCCUGGGUCCUCGGCCUUCGAACGACUCCAAAGGAAGGGCUUGAUGUCUCCUCAGUAGAGUUAGUUUUCGGCGACCCCCUCGUGGUUCCCGGCGAAUUCCCAGUGCUCCAUCCAGCGAUGACAUCGCCAGACUACGACGCAUCGUCGGGAAGUUCGCCCCCUGAAAACAGACCUACAGGCCACCUGAACACUAUUACCUUCCCCAAAAUCUACAUACGAUGA